UGGCUGAAGAGGGUUCGGGUGUGUCACGCCUGUUUCAUAAGCUGAGGGAGUUAUAAAUUGUUUUGCUCGUAGCACUUGCUCGAAGAACUUCCACCGCAGUGGAACCGCAGUGGAACAGCAGAGCCGACCUGAAACGCCUAACGGACUUCAACUUCAGCGCAAUGGCCUGUCUCUGGGCGCUUGUGGUGUUGGUACUGAUGGUGACAGCCGAGGCCUACGUGGGUAACUCCAGCGAGUCCAGCUUCUGCACAGAAACCAAGGAGUGCCUUCUUUAUGACCUGGUGUGCAAGACAGACGAAUAUGAGGUGCGCCACUACAGCCCCACUAAGUGGGUGUCGACAGACGAAGAGUCCUUCUUCAUGGAAGCGGCCACAACCAAAGCCUUCAGGAAGCUCUACAAGUACAUCACAGGAACCAAUGAGCAGGGGGUGAAGAUUGAUAUGACUGCUCCGGUGGUGGUGAAGAUGAAGGAGAAGCCAUACUGGCACUCCUCCGUGUACACUCUCAGCUUCCUCCUGCCCUCAGCCUACCAGGAGAGCCCACCCACACCCACCAAUUCAGAGGUGUACUUCACAGACAUGCCAGACAUGAACGUCUACGUGAGGAGCUACGGGGGCUACAUGUUCUCCAUGAUAGUCAAUCACCAUUCCGGACUCCUGAAGAAGGAUUUGGACCAAGUCCAGGCCUCCUACGAACAGGACUUCCACUACGCUGUGGGCUACGACAGCCCCAUGAAGUUUCUAAACAGGCACAAUGAGAUCUGGUACCAGGUGGUCGGGGAGCCGGUGUGCACCGCACCUCAGAAGUAAACUCACCGGACACCAGGGAAUCCGGGGAUGUUCAGCCUGGCCCGAGCACACGUUGGAUUUGAAAGAAAAAUAUUUUAUACGCAAUAAUAAAAUACAUAUUUUACAUGCUAGAACUUCGUAGAUAUGUUCAGACUUCUGCGGCUCAUCCAAAAUGGUACUGCUCAACUGAUCUUCGCCUUGCCUAGACUCAGCCUAGUCACUCCCCUUCUCAUCUCCCUCCACUGGCUACCUGUAUCAGAUCGCAUCAAAUUCAAUGCCUUGGUGACAGCUUAUCAGGCAGCUAAAAGGAGAGUUCUGAUUAUAUCUUUAAUAGACAAUCAGACCCUACACACCUGCAGGAACCCUCCAUUCUGCUACCUCUGAGCACCUGCCCUGCCCUGCCCCCCAUCCCCAUAUCCCCCAUAUCCCCCAUCCCCCCAUCCCCCCCAUCCCACCACAUGCCAGUACUUCCAGGUCACAUCUCCCAUCUGUCUGACGCCCCAAGUGGUGGAGUGAGAUUCCCAAUACAGGCAGGACAGCAGAAACCCUGCCCAUCUUCUGACACAGCCUGAACUCACCUCUUCAGACUGUACCAAGGCUCACCUAGCCCCCUUUAGAUAUCCUUUCAUUCUUUCUCUCUUACUUUGGGAUAGUGUUAUAGGUGUAGCUGUGUAAGAAUAGGUUCUGUCCACUGCUACUUUCUUUCUGAUACAAUAAACAUUGUUGUUAGUCUACUACUAGACUUACCGAUUAUAAAUUGGCCUUCUGUGCUUUCUUGUCAAUAUCACACUUGUAUCCCUGAAACUAAUACUGAUGUUAUCCACUUCUCCAUGUCACUCUGGAUAAGAGCGUCUGCUGAAUGACUGUCAAAUAAUGUUAUGUAAUGUCUGUUUUAUUUUAUACUGGAGGACUACAUUAUAUCAACGUUUUCUAAUAAAGGUUUUUUACCAUAA